AUGAUAUUGUUAUACAUCCUAUCAUUCAUAGUUAUUCUAAGUAAGGCUUAAGAAAGUCUUGCUUUUUGUGAUGAAUACAUUGAAUUUGAUUUGGAUUAUUUUGGAAAAUUUAUAUCAAAUGCCAAACUUUCAAAUAGUACAGAUGCCAUCUUGGCAGAAAAAAGAGUGCUCAUAAUUGAUUAGGAGCUUAAUUUAUUAAGUUCAGUGUCUAUUCCUAAGACUUAGACUCAUGACUGUCUAUGGAUAUUCAAAUAAAGUUCUGAUGUAUUCUUUGUCGGAUGCCAAAAAAAUGGAGAAGCACCUUAUUUGAUUGCUUAUAAAAGCAUCAAUGAAACCCAUUACUCUUAAUUCGGUAACAUUGUGUACUUCCCGAAUAUUAAUGAAACUGUAAUCAGGGUAAUCGGAGUUCAAAAUACACUAUUUACAAUAUAGUCUAAGAAGGUCACCUUAUUCACUUUAGUAUGGUCAGCAUCAGAUUGGAGUAUUAAGACUACUCAAAAUGUUUUUGAUAAAAAUUAUUUCGCAAGAACAGCUGAAAUCAAUAUUACUGAUUUAGCUUUUGAGCCUUAUUCGUAAGAUAACUUAUAAUAUUAUAAAUUGAUUGUAGUAGAAUUCAAACUUGGAGCCUUUUGGGUUGACACUUUAGUCAAAAAUAAUAUACUCUCUCCAUUUAGAACUGGACUCAUUUAUAUGCCGAAUGAAUUCAGUUCUAAUGUAUAAUAUAAUUCAGCAGUUAUUCAUUCCACAACCUAAAAUGCAUCCUACAUUUCUUUUACUUUAUUCGAUAAUGGUUAUGCUGAUGUAUCUAUUAAGGCAGUAUAUGUUACAACAUCAACAACAACAAUUACUAACAAUUAUAAUUAUAAAGGUCCUUGGGCAUCUUGGGGCCCACCUAUUAAAUUUGGAAAUCUACAAGGAAUCCUUCGUAGAAAUACAUUAAAGCAAAGCAUUUUUAAUGUUUAUAAUAUUGUCAUCCCUGUAGCCCAAAAUGAAAAUACAUUAACAGUUACUUCUUAUGAUCCAGUAGAUACUUUUACAUCUCCUCCAUAAGAUUAUCCUAUUUACUAUUUUAAUCCUGGCUACAGAGUAGUCCAUAGCAUAGAAAAUAAUAAAUUAUAAAGUUGUGACCUUUACAAUUAUAAAAUUCAAAUGGAAUGAAAUAUUCAUAAAUAAUAAAAAAUUUGUUAUCCUAUUCUC